UGUGUAGGAGCUUCAAUCAAAUGUUAGGUUGACUCAACACAUUUGGAGGGGUUGGGAGGAUUAGAGUGUGGAGAAUGGGGAGCUAAAUUGAUUGGAAAGGACACUGAGAUGUCCUCGGUGAUGUUGUGGGCAUCCCUGAGGACAGCCCUCAGGAUCUAGGUUGGGGACGGUAUGACCGGCAGGCUCACCCAGUGUAGACACAGGCUGGCUGGCCUCUGGCCAGCUCAAGGUGUUUCCCUUCGCCUGGAAACGGAGAGGUGUGGCUAAGGCAGGGCAUGUCUCAACUGAAAAGUGGUGGAAAGGAGUCCCGCUCUUGGACCUUUCCGGCUCCCAAUAAUGCGGGACACCAGCUCCCCUGGGCUAUAGGAGACAAGUGAGUGGGGAACUUACCUGGGAAGAGCAUUUCAGGACUGAGGGCUUGUAAAAACAUCUUGGGUGCUUCUUGCCUGCUGGGAGCCUGGGGUUCGGGCCCACUCCUGGGCCAAGAGGUGAGGUGGGAGCUGAACUCCUUAGAAAGAGUUCCUCAAAGCCAUAGGCACGCACGCAGGGGCUCCUACUGUGAACCAGACCCCGGGUUACCAGGCUGCAGGGAUGGUGGUGGAGAUAAGAACAAAAUGUAUCCAGCCCCCAUCUCUACCCCAGGUCUGGACCAGGACGAGGCCCCAGCGACAAUACCUGCCACCUGAGCUUCAGACUAUGUACACAUACUGCUGCCUGGCUCCCGGGGAGGACGUUUGGCCUCUGCUACAGCCCCUCACCUACACUUACCUGCCGGCCCCACUGCUGCUGCCCCCCAUCCAGGCCCACAACUUCUGCAGCCGGCACCAGAAUCUGAGCGCCAGGGGGUGGGCGGCUCCGCAAGAAUACCACUGCUUCCACGGCGUCAGUGCGCCCCUGACAGUCGUGCCGCCCUUUUGGGCCUUUCCGCAGGCCUACUCCGCCGCCCUACAACCGCCGUUCCUCGCGCCCGGCUACAACCGGGCGUUGCGGCAGGAACCCGAGGCAGCAGGGCUGGUGGCUACCGAAAGCUGGGCACCGUGGCCAGAGGGAGGCACCCUGCAGGCUGAGCUGUGCUGGGGCCGCGUGGAGCGCGCACUGGGCCAACGCCUCGAGUUGCCGGACUCCGAAAGCUCCUGGAACUCCUCGAGCUGA